AUGACUUCUGUCCUGCCCCAGAAGCGGGUGCUGGGGGAGGCAGGCACUCGCCAGAAUAUCCCCCCAUCAACCCCAGGCUCAAUCAAGAAGCGUAGAACCGACAUAUUUUCAUCCUCGCCAGCUUCCAGAUUCACAGGGUCCCAAAGGGAUCCGAAAGCCAAGCUUGGAUCUAGUCAACCAAAGAGUGCUUUCGAAACGGAGGUCCUCGAGAAGCUCAGCCAAGACAUCUCAGACCUGAAGCGCAACAAUAGCGAGAAGGACCAAGCAUGGGACCGUCCACCAGUUGUCGAUUUCGAACCCAGUCGAGAUAACCUGUGCUUCCAGUCCAUCGAAGCUGAGGAAGGAACUCUGCAUGGUGGCAAGGCAACCGUGAAGCUGUUUGGCGUCACGGACGAAGGCCACUCUGUCAUGCUGCACGUCACCGACUUCAAGCAUUACUUGUAUGUCCGUGCUCCGGUCUUGUUCCAACCGCAAGACACCAAUGGCUACAAGGCAUUCCUCGAAACACAAAUUGCUCAACACCAACCCGCAAUCCACUCUGUCGCCCUUGCCUUCAGAGAGGAUAUCUACGGCUUCUCAGGCAACGAACAGCAUGCCUAUCUCAAAGUCACCGUCACCGAUCCCAAGUUCAUCAACAAGGUGCGGUCUACUAUAGAAAGCGGAAACGCAAACUGGAAAGGCAUGUGGGGUGCUGUCGACGGCAUCAGAACAUAUGACAACAUUCAAUACGUCCUGAGAUUCAUGGUGGACUGCAAGGUCCAAGGCAUGUCAUGGGUUGAAGCGCCCGCAGAAACAUACAAGCUCAUCCCUGAAAACCUCCGACAAUCCAACUGCCAGAUCGAAGCUGAAAUCCCGUACCUCGACCUGGUUGCUCAUAAACCUGAAGGCGAAUGGGCCAAGAUGGCCCCACUUCGCGUCUUGUCCUUCGAUAUCGAGUGCGCUGGUAGAAAAGGCAUCUUCCCUGAAGCCAAUCAUGACCCCGUCAUUCAAAUUGCCAAUGUAGUCACAAAGUACGGAGAGAAGAAGCCAUUCAUUCGGAACGUCUUUUGCCUCGAUACAACAAGUUCAAUUGUGGCUACACAAAUUCUGGAAUAUGAAAAGGAAGACAAGAUGUUGAGGGAUUGGCAGCAAUUCCUGAUUAGGGCUGAUCCAGAUAUCAUCAUUGGGUACAAUAUUGCCAACUUUGAUUUCCCGUAUUUGUUGGACAGAGCAAAGCACCUAAAGGUCAACGGUUUUGAGUAUUGGUCUCGACUUCCCAGCGUUCCAUCCAGGGUCAAGGAGACAAACUUCUCGAGUAAACAAAUCGGCAACCGGGACACCAAGGCCACCAACACCAACGGACGACUACAACUGGACUUGCUCCAAUUAAUUCAACGAGAUCACCAUCUGCGAAGUUACACUCUAAAUUCUGUGUGCUCACACUUCUUGGGCGAGCAAAAAGAGGAUGUUCACCACACUAUGAUCACUGAACUUUUCAACGGUACUCCGGAAUCGAGGCGGCGUCUGGCACUGUACUGUUUGAAGGAUGCCUACCUCCCACAACGGCUAAUGGACAAGCUCUCAUGUCUUGAAAAUUAUACCGAAAUGGCCAGAGUCACGGGUGUGCCUUUCAACUUUUUGCUCUCUCGCGGGCAGCAAAUCAAGUUCAUCAGCCAGCUGUUCCGCAAAGCCUUGGAACAAAAGCUGGUGAUUCCCAACAUCAAAUCAGACGCUUCGGACGAGCAGUAUGAAGGUGCCACUGUCAUUGAGCCGGUGCGAGGCUAUUACGAUGUACCCAUUGCCACCCUUGAUUUUGCAUCCCUGUACCCCAGCAUCAUUCAGGCGCACAACUUGUGUUACACUACAUUACUUCGAGACAAAAAGCUCAUCGACAAGUUGGGCUUGGUCAAAGACCAAGAUUACAUCGUCACUCCGAAUGGUGACACUUUCGUGACGACCAAACAGCGGAAGGGUCUGCUGGCACAAAUUCUGGAGGAAUUGCUGACGGCCCGUAAGCAAGCGAAGCGUGAAUUGGCUCAAGAGACGGAUCCGUUCAAAAAGGCUGUGCUGAAUGGUCGGCAACUGGCGUUGAAGAUUAGCGCCAACUCGGUCUACGGGUUAACUGGUGCCACGACUGGAAAGCUUCCCUGCCUAGAGAUUGCCAGUAGUACGACUAGUUUUGGUCGACAAAUGAUUGAAAAGACCAAGGACGAAGUGGAGAAGAAGUACAACAUUGCCAACGGAUACUCGCACGACGCACAGGUUGUUUACGGUGACACCGAUUCCGUCAUGGUCAAAUUUGGCACCAAGGACUUGGCGGAAGCAAUGAAACUGGGAGAGGAAGCGUCACACUACGUAUCAUCCAAGUUCGUCAAGCCGAUCAAGCUAGAGUUCGAGAAAGUCUACUUCCCUUACCUUCUUAUCAACAAGAAGCGAUACGCUGGGUUGUACUGGACCAAGACGGAGGCGUAUGACAAGAUGGACACCAAGGGUAUUGAGACUGUUCGGCGAGAUAACUGCCUGUUGGUGCAAACGGUUAUCGAAAAAGUGCUCAGAAUGAUUCUGAUUGACCGAGAUGUUGAUGGUGCACAAGAAUAUGUGAAGGAGACAAUCGCCAACUUGCUACAGAACAAGGUUGACAUGUCAAAACUGGUCAUUACGAAGGCGUUGACAAAAGACGACUACGCUGCGAAACAAGCACAUGUGGAGUUGGCUCACCGAAUGAAGAAACGUGAUGCCGGCUCAGCUCCUGCUCUUGGUGACCGAGUCGCCUAUGUCAUGGUCCGCGGGGCAGCCAAUGCCAAGAACUUUGAAAAGUCGGAGGACCCCUUAUAUGUUUUGGAGAACAAUGUGCCUAUUGACACCAAGUACUACCUGGAUAACCAGCUGGCGAAGCCGUUGGGCCGUAUCUUUGAGCCUAUCCUUGGUGAGACCAAGGCAAGGACUUUGUUGACGGGAGACCACACACGAACGAUUUCGGUGGCGGCACCAACGGUGGGCGGCUUGAUGAAGUUUGCGAAAAAGACACAAACGUGUAUGGGAUGCAAGAAGCCGCUCACAGGCAAGCACGAGAGCAACGGAGCGGUGUGCUCAGACUGUGCGCCUCGAGUGGGUGAGCUGUAUAAGCGGACGUUGGACAAGGUUUCGGAUCUCGAGAUUCGAUUCGGCCGACUCUGGACACAGUGCCAGCGAUGCCAAGGCAGUAUGCACUGUGAGGUUAUCUGUAGCAGUAAGGAUUGCCCUAUUUUUUACAUGCGAAUGAAGGCCAAGAAGGAUUUGGAAGAUGCGGGCAAAGACCUGUCGCGAUUCGACAUGGACCCAGCAGCCAUGUGGUAA